AUGGCCUCAGAUAAGAAUACUGUUAACCAAUUCCAGGAAUCUUCAACUCUUUCUCUAUUACAACAAAAUAUUAGUGAAGUGAAUUUGGAAGAAUCCCAAUCCCAAUGUUUAAGAACUGCAGGUGAAAAACUUAAACAACAUCUAAAUAGUAGUUGUGGAUUUUCUAAUCUUGAUGAAUAUAAUUCUCAUAUUGUACCACCAAGGAGAACAUUGGAAAAUAUUCAACAUACCAUCUCUACACCUCUUAUAGAUAAUUCUGAAUUACCAUCAACUAGUAAUGUUGUGAACAACCAAAAUUAUUCAAUAGUUACGGAAACAUCAAACAUGGUUAUAAACAAACCAUUUAAAACUACGAGUGCUCCAGUAAAUAUAUCUUCAUCGCAAUCACAAUCAGAAGAUUUAUUACUUUACAUAUACGAACCUAUAAAAUGGCAUUGGUUCUAUUGCAAGUAUGCUGAUAAAAAUAAAUGGGUGCCAUUUAGUCAAAAAGACUCUGAUGCUAUUGAACAAGCCUUUAUUUUAAAUGAUCAGUGUAAUGAAUCCGUUAUAGCAACAGAUGGUAGUAGAUUUGAUGUUUACUUAAAUCAAAGAAUUCGUAAACCAGUUUAUUGGUCUGAUAACACGACUAAUGUACGUCGUUGUUCUUGGUUUCUCCGUAAUAGCAAUGGAUCUAAUUUUAUUCCUUAUGAUGAAGUCAUAGCUACUCUUCUAGAGGAAGAAUACAAAGCAGCUUGGGAGAGUAAUGAAUGGGGACGUAGAGUUCCAGUUGGUAAUUACGAGGAAGUAGUUUUUCAUAGUCCUACAGCUAUAAUCCACAACGGAGUAUCUAUAACACUUCUAAAUAAUAGUGAAGAAACUCAAAUGGAUCAAGCAGCAAAUAUAUCUUCAUUAAAACAAUGCAUAGUCAAACGAGGGUUUGAAGAAUUUGUAAUUCCUAGUGAUGAACCAUCAAAAGUGGAUCAUUUAUUAUUUAUUGUACAUGGAAUUGGGUCUUACUGUGAUUUAAAAAUGAGACCAAUUUAUGAAGUUGUGGAUGAUUUUCGAAGUUUAGCUCUUCAGUUAACACAGUCACAUUUUAAAACAUCAUGUCAAUCAGAAAAAAUUGGUAGAAUUGAAGUAUUACCUGUUUCGUGGCAUUUAGCUCUCCAUAGUGAAGAUAUUGAUUGUAAGCUCAAAAGAAUUACAUUACCUUCAAUUCCACGUCUCAGGAACUUUAGCAAUGACACUAUAUUGGAUGUUUUGUUUUAUACAAGUCCUACAUUUUGUCAA